AUGAGUGCAUACAACCACAGAAGACGUCUGUUGAGCACCGGUUCCCUGUAUGUAGACAUCGAUAAGGAGGAAAGGGAGGCCUUCAACGAACUUAAUAGGGAUGAAAAUCUCGAUGAGCUUGAAUGGUCUCUGAAGCCAUUGCGGGAUGAGUUUAAGUCCAAAGGGAAUGACAUACUAUUCAAGAACUAUACAUCAAGACUACAGCACCGGAUGUUCACAAUUCUGUUGAUGUUUAAUAUGGUCGUCAAUUUCAUCGACUCUUUCUGGUAUUUCUUUUACAAAACAGACUUUUCAUUCCCAUUCCCAGCGAUGCUGAGGCUGACAGCCCUCAUAGUCUACAUAUCGUUCCUAAUCCUCGCCCAUCACAACGAGAAGUGGUUCCGACCAUCAUUUGCGCGGACCAUCGCCGCUAUAGCCGUACUCAUGGCUAUGAUAUACGCCGAGUACGGGGGCUUCAUAUUCACUGUGACCGGCGAUAAAAACUCAUUCAAAUGGAAACGUCUGCGACCCGUAUAUUAUCUCAUUAUUUGCAAUGAACUUUUGCUACCAUUCCCAUCGCGUGUCUAUUCAGUUAUAGCCACACUUUUUAUUAUAAGUAUCGAGAUAACUGUGACACUCGUGUGGCCACAUGUUUCCGACACUAACUGUCAGUCAUUAACACCGGGCACAACAAUGGCCACAAACUCAACAUUUGUAGACUAUUACGACAGAUAUAAGUAUUUAACAUCCGAUGUGUUUUUCUAUGUGUGCGCCGCUUGUAUCGCAUAUUUUGUGACAUUUUUGUUGGAAAUUGUCAAUCGGAGGGCUUUCCUCGACCACCGCCGGUGUGUUGAGUCCAAGUUUAAGCUCAACUUCGAGAAGGACCAACAGGAACGCCUACUGGGCUCGUGUCUACCACAACAUCUCAUGAAAAGAGUGAAAAAAGAUAUCAAAGACCGGUUCACUGAACACAUGGCCAGUCGCGAGAAUAAGAGCUCCAUUUCCCGGCCAUUCACGGAACUAUACAUCGAAAAGUUCAAUGAUGUGACCAUUUUGUACGCAGAUAUCGUUAAUUCAAUGCUUUUGACACAGUCGAUGGAAACACCACAAGAAUUAGUGGAAACUCUGAAUGAGUUGUUCACCAGAUUUGAUAGUCGAGCGGAAGCUAAUAAUUGCUUACGGAUUAAGCUAUUAGGUGACUGCUAUUACUGUGUGUGCGGUAUACCUGAAUACGACGAGAAUCACGCAUUGAAUAGCAUUAAUAUGGAUAAUCAGGUGAAUGUGGACAUGAGAAUAGGGGUUCACACAGGAAUGGUAUACUCGGGGCUGUUAGGACUCAAGAAAUGGCAGUACGACAUCUGGUCCAUCGACAGUAUGAAAGCAGCAAACAUGGAGCAUGAUGGUAAGCCUGGUUAUGUACAUGUGACCAAGACCACACUGGAUUUAGUGCCCAAACAAAUGAAAUCAGAGUUUCAUAUACAAGAAUAUAAUGUACUCCCAUAUGAGACCACGUAUUUGAUCCGUAAAUCCCGACCACAUAUCUCGGGGGCCAAGUAUUACGUCAAACAGCUUUCACGUACGGAAAGGACUUUUGAAAAAACCCGAUAUAACAACAAUUCACGAAACUCAUCCCUAUCAUCGAGGUCUUCAUCAAGAAUUGGUUCACUGAGUAUAGGGUCUCAAAGAAGGGCUACUGUUUUAGAUGGAAGCUAUCACGUCGGUUUGGAAAAAUUCCGUGAAAUGCUUAGCUUCGCGAGCGAUACCAUAUCGCAUGCCAUCGACAAAAUGCCGCUAAAUCUCAAAAGACAAUAUAAUUGUUCGCACCAUUCACUGGAAAUAAAUCCACAUUUAUUGCAUUUUAUACCCAAACGAAAUUCCGAGUCACCGACUACUAAGCCAAACCAGCUGAAGACUAAUCUUAAACACAUCCAUACCUUAGACUUAAAACUAGAGCGCCUAUACUUCCAGGAGAACGACCCGAUUGUAGCAAUUAUGACCAUCAGGUUCUUGACAUUAUAUGAUGAGCAUGCUAAUUGGGGCACAUUCUGGUACACCAAUGGCAGUAUUGUCUUUUACUUUACCGUUAUUUUCAUCGCAUUUUCGCUAUACAUCACUCAUAAGAAGAAUUAUGAGAUUAAAUAUUUAUAUCGCAUUUUGAUGUGGUUUUUAAUCACAUUCUCGUUGAUACUGAUCUCAUGUCUCGAUGUCAUUCAAUGUCCAGUUUCUGAUAAAUUCACUCAAGAGAAAACCAUCGAAGACUUGGAUCGUAACAAUGGUGGCAGUCAUGAGUGUCUUUAUAAAUGGUCGCGGUACUACACAUAUUCAACAGUACUUGCGCUUACAUCCGUUUCAAUGUUCAUACGGAUUAACUUAUGGCUUAAGUUUGGUUUGGGCACCAUUAGCCUCAUUAUCAUCAAUUCGUUGACCGAAUUCCACAGCUGUUCUGUGUUUCUUAAGAUCGACGCCUUCUAUCACGACCAGAACUUCAAGGAACUGGAGUUCUUCACCCCUCGCUUGGCUCACAUGCAGUACCUGUUUGUCGUGUAUCUCAUGUUUUACGUGAUUGACCGACAAAUUGAGUACAUCCUGCGACUGGACUUCUUGUGGUCUAUCAAACUGAAACGGGAGCGCCAAGAGGCCAGAGUGACCCGCAAUAUCAAUCAGCUGCUGCUCAAGAAUAUGCUGCCCAUACACGUGGCCGAGCGCUACCUACUCACCGGUCCCGACCCUAUCGACGACGACUUAUACUACGAGGCCUACAACUCCAUAGCCGUCAUGUUUGCGUCGAUUCCCAACUUUUUUAAGUUUUACAAUCGAUUGAGUUUUACGAACGACGAGGGGAUCAAGUUCUUGGAAAUACUCAACUCUAUUAUCUGCGAAUUUGAUCGAUUAUUAUUACUUCCGGCGUACAACGAGAAGAUUGAGAAAAUUAAGACAAUCGGCAGCACAUAUAUGGCCGCCGCGGGCCUCAAGCCCGGCCGCGCCUCCAUCCGUUCAAUCGAUAGUGUAAUCAGCACUGAGGAGGAGAUCGAGAAUUUGCUUGUAUUGAUACGUUUCGCGAUGGCUAUGGCCAAGACGUUGAGGCGAUUCAACUCACACAACGAGUCCGGCAAUGAACUCAACUUUAAGCUCAGAAUCGGUGUAGCCAUGGGACCCGUCACUGCCGGAGUUGUCGGAUCAGUUAAGCCACAGUAUGACAUAUGGGGCGACACCGUGAAUGUGGCCAGUCGUAUGGACACCAAUGGGCUGACAGAACAGAUCCAUACCACCGAAGUUGUGGCUAAUCUGUUGAAUGCAUUGAAUUACGACAUUAAACCCGUGUGUAGGGGUCCUAUAGAUAUCAAAGGGAAGGGUAUUAUCGACACUUAUCUCAUUGAUACCCAACAGGAGAUGAUCGAUGAAUACUAUGGACUCCCUUGAGAUUCAACAAUUUAGUGUUGAGUGAAAAUAUUUAUAUACCUUUUUUACAAUUUUAUUUUGCAUGUUCGUGAAUACUUUGUAAAGUUUUUUUGUAUGAA